AGUGCACAAUGACCAAGGGCACGGAGUAUAGAGCAGUACAUCUCUGAAUUCAUGAUAACAUCAAUGAAAUGCAGCUCCUUGACACCAGCAGCACUCAUGCAGCCCCAUAGAAGGACACUACCACCACAUUUCAUGGCAGGCACCAUGUAUUUUUCUUUGUACUCCUCACCUUUGCUACACCAUACAGUUUUGAAGCCAUCAGUUCCAAAAACAUUUAUGUUGGUCUCAUCCCUCUAGAGUACAGAGUCCCAUUAGUCUUCUUUUUCUGCAUGGGCCCUGGCAAUGUCUAGGCGGGCUUUUUUGUGCAUGGGCUUUAGGAGAGGCUUCCUUUGUGGAUGACACCCAUGCAUGCCAUUCCUCUGCAGUGUACGCUGUAUUG